CUUUUAUUCCACAUCCUGCUGAAGCUUCCCCGCAUUUUUUUGUCCCAGAAUCAUCACCAGCUACUUUCGGCCUGAACUGUGCUCAGACUCCUGUUGAUGGUACUGCACUGCGCAUGCAAUGAAACCAUAGACUGUCCUCUUCUGCUGUGUCACAAUCUGCUCUCUCCUCCCUUCCCUCUCUCUCUGCCCCUCUCCUCCCCUUUCCUUUCCAUCCUCUCUCUCAUCACCCCCCAUCUCUUAUCUAUCCCCAUCAUCCCCUUCAGCUUCGCUGGACUCUUCCAGCUCUUCCUUGUUCUCCCCUUCUAUAUUUCUCGUACACUUCCCACCAUGUUUGCACUGCGUUUCGCGCGUCCCGCUUCUUCCCUUGUCCGACCCUUCAGCUCUUCCUCCGUUGUCCAUCGCGUUCCCUCCAUCCGAGAUAUCACGCCGGACUCCGCUUCUGAGUUUGAUCUGCGCCAGAAGGAGUUCCGUGAGAAUCUGGACAUGGCUCGUAAGAAAAAAGAACAGCAAGAGAGUCAGUCUGUUGACACCACCACUUCUGCCUCUGCCUCUUUCUCCGCUUCGUCUCGUGAGUACAAUGCUGCUCCCGCCGCUCCCUCCAGGAGCGACGUGAGCGAUCAAUAUCGUGCUGUUCUUGACGCUGCCGAGAAUCUCGACCAGCAGGGACUGAGCUUACUCUUGUCGCAUCGCGCUCUAGGAGAACAAUCGGAAGCUGGUGAAUCAACCAAACGCGGUCCCUUGUCAUCGCUCAUCUACGGGACGAAAGAAGCUCGGCAGCACGAACAUGACAUUGAACGCUCCUUCUCUGAAGUCCUCGCCCGUGGCAAGUACGUCCACUCCAUCGUCUUCCACGAUGUCAAGCCCGACAAGGUACCUGAAUAUGUGGAGGCUGUUGGCCAGUGGUACCCUCGUAUCGCGUCCAUGGAGGAGAACAAGGUGAAUUUGGUGGGAAGCUGGCGCACCCAGGUGGGCGACAAUGAUACCUUUGUUCACAUAUGGGAAUAUCAACGCUACACCGGUUACCACGCAUCACUCCACGCCAUCUCUCAACUCCCAGACUUCCCGGAAUAUGACCGGAAGAUUAAGUCACUUAUUAGCAGCAAAAGAACGUCCCUUAUGCAGGAAUUCUCAUUCUGGCCAACAACCCCUCCGCGUCGCCUUGGCGGUAUCUUCGAGCUUCGCUCCUACACCCUUCACCCCGGAAAUCUCCUGGAGUGGGAGGCGCACUGGCGCCGCGGUCUCAAGGCUCGUCGGGAGGUCAUGGAAGGCGUCGGAGCCUGGUUUGUCCAGAUUGGUGACCUGAACAUGGUCCACCACCUCUGGCAGUUCGCAAACCUGGAGGAGCGCAAGAUUCGUCGCGAGCAGUCCUGGAACAUUGAAGGUUGGGCGGAGACUGUCCAUAAGACCGUCCCACUUAUCCAGCACAUGCAAAGCAGGAUUCUGGUACCCAUGCCGUGGAGUCCUGUUGGUUAGGAACUUCCUCGGACUGGUCUCUAGCGUGUGAAGCAGGUCUAUUUACUCGACAGCGCAAUUCUCAAACGACGUAAGACUCGAAACGACACAUAACUUGGUCUGUUAACGGGGCUGAGUAGACGGAGUUGGGGAUAUGGGAUUUUCUUGUGAAUAAACAAACACAUGGUACACGUGCAACCCAUCAGUCUUCCAGGGGUCAUCUGGGGAGAGCAUACUUUAUUUCGGCAGUGUUACAUACCACCGCAUUUCCAGAGUUAGUGGAAUCAUUCAUAUCUGAUCAAAUAGAU